AUGGCUUCUCUCACAAUAUCUUUGCUGGCCACUGCGCUGACCCCACUUGAGCAGCCUCUCCCAGUAGCGCUUCUGCGACUUUCGGAAGUCGGUAUGGAAGAAGAGGAUAGCACGUUACCGAGUAUACAAGAAUCAGCGUCUUGGCUGAACGGCUUCUUCUGGUAUGGGUGGCUGUAUGGAAUGAUUCACAAAGCUUGGCACAAGGACGGCUGCAUCGAAUUGGAAGAUCUACCAAUACUUUCCAGAUCAGAUCGCCCUGUUUUGCUUCUCGAGGAGAUUCGACAUGCAAGGUUCUCAAGCCCACUGCCCUGGUAUUUGAGGCCAAGCUGGUUCUCCAACGGAUUUGGCUUUCUUCCAUUUCUCUCACAUAGAUACUGGCCAUCGCUCUUCUGGUUCCCUUCUCCUGGCCCGGAGUUGUUGCAGGCGAUUGUCCCCAUGAGAGCAACUGCUUGGACUACUGUAGUCUUCCUCUUGCCUCAACUGACUCGGAUGAUACUAUGGACCUCGCUCGCUGCCGUCUUUGCACUCCUAUCGCCGUUUGCAAUGAAGCAUUUGCUUUCGUCUCUCGAAAUUUUCGUCCAGCAGUACUACGCCAAUUCUACUCAGCUUUGCGUGCGUCUCAAGUCAUCAAUGACCCAAGAGCUGUACCACACAGCCAUGGAAGGCUUGGAAAUUGACGACUGUGUCGUUACUGCAUUGCUCGAGAGUGCGGGUAGCAAGUCAAAAGCCAAGAAGAAGUCAAAAGGGGCCAAAGCUACAGCGGCUGGGAAGCUGGUAAAUCUCAUGUCCUCUGAUAUUGAUGAAGUUUACAAAGCAAGGGAUUUUAUCAUAACCGCCUUCAACUUCCCGCUAGGGCUUAUGCUCGCAACUUGGAUGCUUUGGGAUCUACUGGGUUGGCGAGCUAUCCCCGGGCUUAUAGUUGUCAUUGCUGGUCUUCGUCUAGCCAAGCUCGCCGCGACCAGGAUAGCCAAGGCCAAGAAGGCUGUCAAGAAGGCCCAAGAUCGUCGAGUGUCGCUUCUCCACGAGUACACUACCUCGAUUCAGUACCUGAAGCAGCUUGCCUGGGAAGACUUGGCCGCGGCAUCUAUUGGAAAAGUCCGUGCUGAAGAGUUGACCCAUCUCUGGACUUACAACCUUUGGUAUGCCAUAUCGAGUCAAAUCAUUGAGGCUAUACCAGUUUCCAUGGUUCUGGCAAUGUUAGUUCCCUUUGCAUGGGCAAACCACCCACUAUCAGCAUCUCUGGCCUUCACAACAGCAUCACUCUGCGGUUCGCUUCGUGCAGGCCUUACUACCGUCAACGCCACGGUUCGAAAGUACGAGUCGGCAUUGAUCUCGCUCAAUAGGCUGGACAAGUAUUUCAAAAGUGUGAGGCCGUUGGCAAAUUAUCCUACAGGUAGCCUAAGUAUCCGCAACGCAUCAUUUUAUAGGCGCCGGAGUGACACCAGGGUAGCACUUAAAAACAUCAAUUUAGACGUGCACGAUUUGAUCGAAGGGCAACUAAAUGUUCUCACGGGUAAGAGCGGGAGUGGGAAGACGAUGCUCCUAAGAUCCAUUCUUGGCGAGACUCUGAUGGAUGGUAGGGAUGCCUCGAUGACGCGACCUAGGAACAUUGUCUAUGCAUCUCAGACACCUUGGCUGAUCAACCAAAGCAUCAAGCUGAACAUCAUUCUUGGAAAAGAGUUCAAUGAGCAGAGAUACAACAGGGUUAUUCGGGCGUGUUCACUCGCUUGUGACCUUGGGUUGUUACCCCAUGGAGAUGAGUCUGCUGUAGGACCCAAUGGCUCUAGUUUAUCAGGCGGUCAACGAAGCCGCAUCGCCCUGGCUCGAACUCUUUAUGCAGCUGACACGGCAUCUCUUGUCUUGCUCGAUGAUGUCUUUGCGGCGCUCGACACCCGAACAACAGCCAAAGUUUGGCAAGAAUGCUUCUGUGGAGAAGGUUCUCUUCUGCACAACAAGACAGUUCUUCUUGUGACUCAGUUGGCUUCAAUCAAGGGGCAAGCUGCAGCUGUGAUUAAGAUGCGUAAUGGUGAAGUUGUAAGGACUUAUCAUCCUGCUCAAAUACCACCGAGACAUGACCUCGGGGCCGUUGCAACCCCCAACGAUAGUAUCAGCAUUACGGUAGAGACUCAAAAGCCCCCGGGAGUUUCCAAGCAAAACGCAAGACCGACUGGCCUCUUGGCGUUGAGCAAGUACCAGACGAGCGAAGACGUCAACAAAGGUGCUGCCAAGGGCCAAAGAGAUCAAGCGCUAGUCAUCGCUAUCUGGCACUACCUACAAAAGUUUGGCGGUUCUUGGUACUGGGUUGUUUGUGGUCUCGUUACAACAGGGGCUAGCCUUGCACCACUUUUACCGCCAUGGGCUCUGUCAAAGUGGGCUCAAAGCUCGGAUAGAGACCAUGGAGAAUACUUCUCAGGUCCUAAAGGUCUUCUGAUCAUGUUCUUUGGACUUUCUCUUAUCGAGGCUGCCCUCACCAUGGGGAUGCACAUCCUGUUCGCCCGUGGUGCCUGGCAGGCGGCCAACCGGCUCAACAACGAGGCAGUCCUGGCAAUCAUGGACGCAUCUCCAAAGUGGUAUUCACAAGAGAUCCCGGGAAGCAUCGUCACAUGCCUCACCAAGGACCUAGAUUCACUCGACACUGACCUCGGGCGGAGCUUGCUGAACGUCAUCCGGCUGGUGCUGCAGACCAUCUCGCGCAUCGUGGUCACGGCGUCAAUCAUAACUGAUUUUAUCUGGCCAGCCCUGAUCUGCUGCGUCCUAGCAACUGUCGCCGGCCGCGCUUACAGCAAGACUACAAAACCCGUCAAGAACCUCGUCCAGGCCGCCCGAAGCCCCGUGUUCACUCUGUACUCGGAGACUCUCGGCGGUCUGGCCAUCCUGCGUGCCGCAAGGGAUCCUGGACCAACUUCCAUGAGAGUCGUCUUUGGGAAGAUGUUGGCGCAUAAGCUCCUGGUCUACUCAAGAGCCAUGGCCACUCAGCUCAACCUCGGUCGAUGGUUAGCCAUUCAUGUCGAGGCCCUAGCUAUGCUGCUCUCUGUGACAGCAGGGGCAAUUGCGCUCUUGAGGAAGGAUUCUUUACUGAGCAAUGGUACACCAGCGGCAAGUUUGGCCCUGUCAAUACAUCAUGCCGUUGCCCUAGGGGAUGUCAGCCUUAAGUUGAUAAAGGCGUGGAGUGAUCUCGAUAUGGAGAUAAAUGCCCUCACGCGUAUUCUGCACCUUGCCGAGGCCGAGCCAGAAGAUAUAAACGAUAGUGAGCACAUAAGAUACAACAUGGAGGAUGAAGUGUGGCCACAGUCUGGAAGCAUUAGGUUUACGAACGUAACGGCCAAGUAUGACCAAAGCGACAAGAUAGUUCUCAAGGACGUCACUCUGGAUAUCAAGCCAGGCGAGCGGGUCGCAAUUGUCGGCCGCACUGGAGCGGGAAAGUCAUCCAUCAUCCAGACUCUUCUCCGUCGCACGCAAAUCGUAUCAGGCAGCGUCGAGAUCGAUGGAGUUGACAUCAGGGCUGUGUCGCGUAAAAGGUUGCGCAGAAGUGUAGCAUAUAUCCCCCAAGAUGCCGUACUCUACAACGGUUCGAUUCGUGACAACUUGACGCUUGGUGAGAGCAUUGAGGACAAGUUGCUCUACAAAACCCUGAAAGACUGUGCCAAAGCAGCUGGCUGGAAUGUUGAGGCGCUCAGUGACACAGACACACCCAGCCAGGACGAUACUACAGCGACUACUGUACAUCGUGCCUCUGCUGAAGAGACGUCGGAACAUAGCCCACUGCUACCGCGGCAUCAUGCAGUUCCUUCGCCGUCUCCAGUGACUGGCCGGUCGUGGAGAGCCUACAGCAAGGCAGCCAAUGCUGUGGCCAGACUUUACAACUGGACAUGCAAUUUGCGUACCGAAAGACCACCCAGAGAUAUCAAUUUUGCCGGCCUUCAAAUCCCUCGUCUGGGAUCUGAAAUCGAUACCCAGAACGAAAGCCAUGACGCCAUCAGAGCCGAGGAAACCGGCUCCAGCAGCGCAUACCUCAACGACAUGAUGCUCAUCAACCAACGAGGCACCGCUGUACGCCUUUCCACGCAGGUCGGGGCGGGCGGGCAGAACUUCUCCCAUGGCGAGCGUCAGGUCGUCUCGCUCGCUCGGGCCCUGGUGCGAGGCCGGGCGAACAACGGUCGAGCGGGCAAGGUUUUCCUCAUGGACGAGGCCACGUCGUCCAUGGAUCCCAAAAUGGACAAGGCGAUCCAAGAGGUGAUCCGGCGCGAGGUCGGCCUGCCAUCCGGAGAUGGCUGCGGCGGCGGUGGCGACAGCAGCAGUAACAGCGACAUGGACGACGCUGGGAGUUUAUCCACGCAGCAUGGUCCUGCCCACCCGAGGCCGAGCAGACAGACCACCUAUGAGCAGGAUGCUGCUCCAAAGGGUCGAACUCUCAUCACUAUCGCGCACAGGCUGCAGACCAUCCGGGACUAUGACAAGAUUGUCGUCAUGGACAAUAGAAGGAUCGUCCAGGUCGGCUGCUGGGAUACACUGGUGAGGGAUUCCGACAGCCUGUUUGCAAAGAUGGUUGAGGCCACAGGGGAAGAUAUCCUUUUGGCAACAGAAACAGACGGUCAGCCGGGGCCUUCGGUUGCGAAAAGGUCUAAUUCCGGCGGCUUGUAA